CGUCACCGUGUUGUCAUCUGCACGCAAUCGAUUCUUCCCGAACACCAACUAAUUCUCCAUUGUCCAUUCCCUCCUUUUCUCCAAUUCCCUCGUCAUCGUCUCGUGGAAGCCAAGAGAAAGCUAAUAGCAGGAGUUCUCCAAUUGCCAAUCUCUGCAAUUCGAAGAAUCAGCGAUGCACCAGGGCGAUUACGCUUCCUACUACCAGUUCCCCACCUUUCAAAACCCUAAUCCCAAUCCCAAUCCCAAUCCGAUCGAUCACCACCAGACGGCGUCGGCGCCGCCGUUCUCCGCCAGCUACCCUCCCUCCGAUUACUCUGCGGCCUAUCCUCCUCAAUCUUACCCUCCUCCGCCUCCUUACUCCUCCAAUCCCGAUCCCGCCCUCCACCCACCCACAGCUCCCUCGUACUCCCAACCGGCAUCAGCUCCGUUGAAUUCCCAAUCCUCCUUCAACCCACCGCCUCCGCCGUCAGCUCAGCAGCCGGCGUUCCCGCCUUACGACUCGCAUGGAUCUGCAUACCAGCAACAGCAUCCCCCGGAGCAAUCGUACUUCCCGCCGUUCGAUCACCAUCAGACGCAUGGUGCCAGCUAUGCGGCUGCCCCUCCCCCGCCACCGCCUGCCUCAAAUGCGAUUGCCGGCGCGCCCUAUAUGUCUUAUGCGUCUCUUAAUUCGGUAGGAUCGUCUGUUCCGCCUUUGUACGAUAACCAAUAUGAGAAUUCGCCCAAGUUUGAUCAGGGCGUUGGGUAUCUUGACGAUAAGUAUGGGAUCUAUAAUCGGAGUCGGUCUGAUUUGGGGAUGGAUUCGUAUGGAAGGAAGUCGGAAGGGAGGUCCGAAAUGGAGCGGGAUAGUGGAUAUGGCGAUGGUGUUUUUGCUUAUCAAGGUGGGAAGGUGGAGCCGUAUGGGGCGAGAGGGACGGCACCGAAAUCUUCAACCUGGGGUAUGUUUGAUGAUUAUGGAAGAGCCAUUAAUGUCCCUAGCUCAAAGGACUCUUCUUUGGGUUCGGGUUCUGGUUUGAAUUCUCCUAAGAUCGUGAGGGCAGUGCCUAAGAUGGAUACUCAGGAAGAUGUCAAAGGUGGGGUGCAGAAGUUCAGGGUUAAGCUUCUGGCUGAAAGUGGAGGCCAGAGCACCAUGGAUGUGCUUUGCCAGAUUGGUUUGGAUGGAAUUAAGAUGCUAGAUCCCAAUACCAGUCGGACACUCAGAAUCUAUCCCCUUGAGAACAUCACCAGAUGCGAUAAAAUGGACUCGUCAACUUUUGCCUUUUGGUCCAAGAGCUCUGUGGAUGUUGAACCAAGGCGCAUAAGGUUGCAAUCAAAUAGCUACACAACCAAUACACUUCUUGACACAGUGACUGCUGCAACCGUGCAGCUGAAGGAAAUGGGGGAGAGACCCAAGGCUUCUGAUCUUUCAAAGAUGUCUGAGCAGACUGCAGAGAGGAAGAAAGGUUUUGGUGAUUGGAUGAACUUCAUAAAGCCUGCUAAUGAAGAGAAAGAUCAUUGGGUCCCUGAUGAAGCUGUGAAGAAGUGUACAGGAUGUGGGACUGAUUUUAAUGCAUUCAUUCGAAGGCACCAUUGCAGAAACUGUGGGGAUGUAUUCUGUGAUAAAUGUACACAUGGAAGAAUUGCUCUUACUGCUGAGGAGAAUGCACAGCCAGUUAGAGUUUGUGACCGGUGCCUCGCUGAAGUGACUCAGAGGUUGACCAAUGCUAAAGAAGCAUCCAGUAAACCUGCAGGAUUAAUUAGCCAUGAGGACCUCGCUAAGAAACUUCAGGAGGAGAUGGAGAGGAAUCGAAAGACAUCCUCGGGAUCAAAAUCGUCUGAUGGAUCAUCUGGGAAGCGAAUGAGGGAAGUCGCUUGCCCUACUUGCACCGUCCAUCUCCAGGUUCAGGUCCCCAGCUCAGGUUCAGAGACAAUUGAAUGCGGAGUCUGUCAGCACCCGUUUCUCGUCAGUGCUCACUAGGUGUCCGCAAAUCCUCCCUUUUUUCUCUGAAGGCGCUGGUUAUUGUUUCUGGAUGGCCUUUGUUUGUACAGAAAGUGUUGUUACAGCUCUCUCAUGCUUUGGGGGAAACUGAAGUUGGUUCAAUGCGGCUUUCUUAUUUAUCAUGAAACGUAGUCUGUCAUUCGUGUCUACGAUGUGCAACUUUCCGACGGCUUGAGUUUCUCCGGUGCCUGAAAUUUGAGAGUUAUAUUUGGGUUGCUUUCCGGCUUUGUAAAUCGGGUGAUAAUGCCAUAGUCGACGACGCUUGUAUUUACCAUUUACCAACAGUGUUUUGAACUUCGACCAGUUUGACUCGUCCUUGAUUUGGUAAUUUGUGGAUAAUAUAUUUCGUGGGGUAAAUGGCACGACAUGUUUAGUUACUAGAAAAAAUUAAUAUCAAUUUUGGUAAAAUUAACAUCAAUUUUGGUCUCGAAUUAUUGAAACAUGUCACAUUUAGUCAUUCUUCUGUUAGUUUCCUUCCAAUUUCAUUAAUUCGAGUGGCAUUCAUAAAAAAAAGUAACUUGAGUGAUUGGAGUUGGACAGAAGCUAACGGAAGAGUGACUAAAUA